GAGAAUUAUCGCGAGGGCAGGCGAGGCCGGGUAGCCCUUGGAGGCGUUCCGUGGUUGAGGGGCGAUUGCGGUGGUGCCUUAGGGAUACCUCUCCUAGCUGUCAUUUCAGGGGGCAGAGGCGAACCCUGCCCUGGAGCUUCAAUGGCGCUAGGUCCUGCUUUCGCCCUGAGGAGCCCUCCUUCCCGAGAUCGGGCCUGACCCGGAUAAGCCCCAGUUUCUCUUGAAGAUUGACUACGCUGGCUAUGCUGCUGUUCUUCACGCUGGGACUGCUCGUACAUUUUGUGUUCUUUGCCUCCAUCUUUGACAUUUAUUUUACUUCUCCUUUGGUUCGUGGAAUGACUCCUCAGUUUACACCACUGCCUCCCCCAGCGAGAAGAUUAGUGCUGUUUGUUGCUGAUGGCCUCCGAGCAGAUGCACUUUAUGAAUUAGAUGAAAACGGAAACUCUAGAGCGCCAUUUAUCAGGAAUAUCAUAAUGCAUGAAGGCAGUUGGGGAAUUUCUCACACACGUGUCCCAACAGAGUCUCGGCCAGGUCAUGUAGCUCUCAUAGCUGGGUUUUAUGAAGAUGUCAGUGCAGUUGCCAAAGGCUGGAAGGAAAAUCCUGUAGAAUUUGAUUCUCUUUUUAAUGAAAGCAAGUACACGUGGAGCUGGGGAAGCCCAGAUAUCUUGCCUAUGUUUGCCAAAGGUGCUAGUGGAGACCAUAUUUAUACACAUAGUUAUGAUGCCAAAAAAGAGGAUUUUGGUGCUCAAGAUGCAACAAAAUUGGAUACCUGGGUUUUUGAUAAUGUUAAGGACUUCUUUCAUGCUGCCAGAAACAACCAGUCUUUGUUUUCUAAAAUAAAUGAAGAAAAAAUAGUUUUCUUCUUACAUUUAUUAGGAAUAGAUACAAAUGGACAUGCUCAUCGACCAUCAUCAAGGGACUACAAAGACAAUAUUAAAAAAGUUGAUGAUGGAGUGAAAGAAAUUGUGUCCAUGUUUAACCAUUUUUAUGGAAAUGAUGGGAAAACAACAUUUGUUUUUACCUCUGACCAUGGAAUGACAGACUGGGGUUCCCAUGGGGCUGGCCAUCCUUCAGAGACUUUAACUCCUUUGGUCACAUGGGGAGCUGGAAUCAAGUAUCCUCAAAAAGUAUCAGCUCAACAAUUUGAUGAUACGUUUUUGGAAGAGUGGAACUUGGAAAACUGGAAGAGGCAAGAUGUCAAUCAGGCUGAUAUUACACCAUUGAUGGCUUCCCUCAUUGGAGUUCCCUUUCCCCUUAAUUCAGUGGGAAUCCUUCCUGUGGGUUAUCUUAAUAACUCUGACCUCUUCAAAGCAGAGAGUAUGUUUACGAAUGCAGUACAGAUUCUUGAACAGUAUAAGGUGAAAAUGACUCAGAAAAAAGAAGUAACUUUAUCGUUUUUGUUUACACCAUUUAAGUUGCUUUCUGACUCCAAACAGCUUGACAUUUUAAGAAAAGCAAGAUCUUAUAUAAAACACAGAAAGUUCAAUGAAGUAGUCUCCCUUUGUAAGGAGCUGAUUCAUCUUGCGUUGAAAGGACUGUCCUAUUAUCACACAUAUGACAGAUUCUUUUUGGGCACCAAUGUGGUUAUUGGUUUUGUGGGGUGGAUAGCUUAUACCUCUUUGUUCAUCAUCAAGUCUCAUUCCAACCUUACAAGAGGUAUUAGUAAAGAAGACAAGAAACCAAGUCAUCUCCUGCCAUGCAGUUUUGCAGCUAUUGGCGUUUCAGUAGCAUUUUUUCUGCUGAUUCAAGCCUGUCCCUGGACCUAUUAUGUAUAUUGUUUGUUGCCAGUGCCAAUAUGGUAUGCGGUUCUAAGAGAAUUUCAAGUUAUUCAAGACCUUGUUGCAUCACUGUUCUCCUUUCCUCUGAGCCAUUUUGUUGGGUACCUGUUAGUCUUGACUCUGGGAAUUGAAGUAUUAGUUCUCAGUUUUUUCUACCGCUAUAUGCUUACUGCUGGACUUAUUGCAUUUGCGGGCUGGCCAUUUCUCAGUCAGCUAUGGACUCGAGCAAAGAUCACCUCACUGAGUUGGACUUUCUUCUCUUUGCUCCUGGCAGUGUUCCCACUGAUGCCAGUCAUAGGUCGGAAGCCAGACAUCUCUCUAGUAAUGGGUUCAGGCUUGCUGGUUCUUCUGCUGUCCCUGUAUGUUGUAGCAUAUCUCAUAAAAAGAAAAAACAGUUUUAUAAAGGAAGACCUGUUGGUACAUCUAUUGCAGAUGCUGAGCACAGUGCUCUCCGUGUAUGUUGUGUAUAGCACCCACAAUAGUCUACUCAAGAAACAAGGACUGCCUCUUAUGAAUCAAAUUGUCAGCUGGGCAACAUUAGCCUCUUCCUUGGUUGUGCCACUACUGAGUUCUCCAGUCCUCUUUCAGCGAUUGUUUAGCAUACUUCUUUCCUUGAUGUCAACCUACUUACUUCUAAGCACAGGGUACGAAGCUCUCUUUCCAUUAGUGUUGUCAUGUUUGAUGCUUGUCUGGAUAUACAUGGAGCAAGAAACCCUACAACAAUCUGGUGUUUUCAGCAAACAGAAGCUCACCAGUAUCCAGUUCCCCUAUAAUACUGAGAUUACUCAGUUUCGGCAGCUGUAUCUGGAUGACAUCCGUAGGGCCUUUUUCCUUGUUUUCUUCUUAGUGACGGCAUUUUUUGGGACUGGAAAUAUAGCUUCUAUUAACAGCUUUGAUCUUGCCUCUGUCUACUGCUUUCUGACUGUGUUCAGUCCUUUUAUGAUGGGAGCCCUGAUGAUGUGGAAGAUUUUAAUCCCCUUUGUUCUUGUUAUGUGUGCUUUUGAAGCAGUUCAAUUAACUACUCAGUUAUCAUCAAAAAGUCUCUUUCUCAUUGUUCUCGUCAUGUCAGACAUUAUGGCUUUGCAUUUUUUCUUCUUGGUCAAGGAUUAUGGCAGCUGGCUUGAUAUUGGAACAAGCAUCAGCCAUUAUGUGAUUGUCAUGUCCAUGACCAUCUUUCUGGUGUUUCUCAAUGGCCUGGCACAGCUGCUCACAACAAAGAAACUCGAACUACGUGGCAAACCCAAAAGCCAUCUUAUAUGAUGUUGCCGAAGCCCUCAUUCAGCAUCGGGGUCCUAUUUCUCCUGUUUUUAAACUAAAAUCCCAUCAAGGAUUCAAUAAGAAGAUGUAUAGUAUAUUCUACUGCUGUAAAGAAAAUUAUAUUUGGAAUUCUGAAUGUACAGGUUAUCUGGAAUAAAAACUUUCCUUUUUCUUUUAGGUUUUA